UGCGCGCCGCAGGAGAGUCGCCGGAAUGUGACACCGAGCCGAGCGUUUUCGGGGAGACCCUCUCUCGACCCGGGGGAGGGCAGGGGCCAGCGGUGAAUGCCAAACCCGAGCGGUGAAUGCCAAACCUCCCUAACGGUCCUGAGCGCUGCGCCGGGCGGCUCCGCGGGAGACCAGACUGCGUGCGUCCAGCCCCUCCCUCCGUAAAGCGGGGCCACUCGUCCGGACCCUGUGCUGGGGACAUCCCGCCCGCUCCGCUUCGCCCGGGGAAGCAGCGUUCUAAACCCCGUUCCUGCCCCGUCUUCGUGCCUCUCUGUCGUUGGGAACUUACCGCGGCCCCUCGGUGGCCCAGCGCCACGCCCCCGGCGGGGACGCCCCCGGAAGUGCCGCUACGGAAGCUGGCGCGGCCGCUUCACCAUGGCGACGGCCGCUCCGCGGCGCUUCUGCCGCUGCGCCUGCUUCUGCUCUCAGAACCUGUACGUGGCGCGCUACGGGCUGCAUCUGCGCUUCCGGGACGAGCAGCAGCUGCGCCGGGACUACGGCCCGCUCCUGCGCAGCCGCGGCUGCGUCACUUCCAAGGACUUCCAGCAACUCUUGGAGGAGCUUGAGCAGGAGGUGGGGCGCCGCCGCAGGCUGGGCCAGGAGUCAGCUGCCAGAAAAGCCCUCAUUGCCAGCUCCUACCACCCAGCGAGGCCUGCCGUCUACAAGUCACUGCAGGAUGCGGCUCUGGCCCCCGAGUUUGUGGCUGCAGCUGACUAUAGUGCAUCUCCGGGUGCAGACCUUGAGGGCCUUCUCCAGCGGCUGGAGAUAGUGUCGGAAGAGAAGCGUAUCUACCGGGUGCCAGUAUUCUCGGUGGAGUUCUGCCAGGCCCUGCUGGAGGAGCUGGAGCAUUUUGAGCAGUCGGACAUGCCCAAGGGAAGGCCCAACACCAUGAACAACUAUGGGGUACUGAUGCACGAGCUCGGCCUAGACGAGCCUCUUGUGACCCCGCUGCGGGAACGCUUCCUGCAGCCGCUGCUGGCCCUGCUGUACCCAGAGUGUGGCGGGGGCCAGCUUGAUAGCCACCGUGCCUUUGUGGUCAAGUAUGCGCUGGGCCAGGACCUGGAGCUGGGCUGCCACUACGACAAUGCUGAGCUCACCCUUAAUGUGGCUCUGGGCAAGGCCUUCACAGGGGGUGCCCUAUACUUUGGGGGCCUCUUCCAGGCACCUGCAGCCCUGACGGAGCCCCUGGAAGUGGAUCAUGUGGUGGGCCAGGGUAUCCUGCACCGUGGUGGCCAGCUGCAUGGGGCUCGACCCCUGGGUACUGGAGAGCGCUGGAACCUUGUCGUCUGGCUCCGGGCCUCUGCUGUUCGAAACCGCCUCUGUCCUAUGUGCUGCCAGAAGCCAGAACUGGUGGAUGAUGAAGGCUUUGGUGAUGGCUUCACCCAGGAGGAGCCUGCCCCGGUAGAUGUCUGUGCACUGACUUGAGCCUGGUACACCCAGAGGUGUCGGUGCUGUGGCUGCAGAAAGCUGCCAUCUUGGGCAGGGAGAGCAGAAAUAAACUCUGCAGCCGUGACACUCCUUGGAUCAUAGGGACAUGUUGACUUCUGGGUCACUCUUGGGACAGAUAUGCUGUCUUAGGGCAGAGCCGCUGAAAGACCAGCCUAGUUUGAGAUGAAGUACUGAGGGUGGAGGGUGGAGCAGGCCCAGGAAGGGAAGGAGCCCCAGAAGGAUGUGGUUUCCAAAGAUGUCCAGCCUCAGCUGGGGUGGGGUGGGGCAGUGGCUUCUUGGAUAGGUUCCCAGGGAUUUAAGUGGAGUUCAUUGGUCUGGGGAGUGGGGAUCCAGACUUUCUGGGUUCAAGCCUCUGUUCUAGCACUUGCAGCUGUGAGGCUCUGGACUCGCUUGUGCCUGGGCGUUGUGACAUUUAUAAAGCACUUUAUAACA